AAAGACGUUACCUACUGAAUUUUAAAAGUUUGCCCUUGUUUACUGUGUCAUCUAAUCAAUACUUAAAUUCUAAGGCGUUUCUUUUACAAUGGAUGAUAAUUAUUACGAUUUAACUGCUGAAUUAGAUGCCAGGGAGAUAUUAAGGUAUCUUAACAAUCUGGGAAUUCAUAACAUUAGUGGCGAGGUAUUGAAGUAUUUUAUCACAGAUUUGAAAAAGCUAAUUAAGUAUGAUUUGCAACAGAAGAACCAGUCAAGAUCUACAAACCAAGAAAAAGAUGAAAUACUAGGUCCUGAGAGAUUGCACAGUGCUAGCACGUUUUGUUCCCGCCUUAGGUCUAAAGGCCAAGAAAAUGUCACACCAAAAUGUACCAGAGAGUGUCAAAAGAGUAGAAAAGUGAUAGUAAGAAAUGUGCAUUCGGCACCUAACUUAGGACAGGCUAAAACAGAAGAUAAGCCCCUUAGGAGAGCUUGUUCUUGUGUAAGAGUUGAGAAAAAAGUAGAAAAGAAGGCUGAACUAGAGAAAGAAAGAAGUUCCUCUUGUACCGCUAGUAAUAAUUUGAUCAAGGUGGCAAAACAACCUCCUAAAAAGAAAUGUGAUCCUGUGACAUUGUACCAUUACUAUACCACAUUAUGGGACAAGUACAAGUCCAAUGUACCAGGUGAAAACAACUGGUCAGACUUACGAUGGAGUAUCAGACAGAAAAUGGCUGGAAAUAUUGUAAAACAAACAUCUACAAACAAGGUUCCUGAUUCACACAGAGACAAGGAACAUGGUACUGUUAGAUCUUGACAUUAUCUUUGUGUAAUUCUUAAUUUUUUUCCAAUCAACUGACAUGUGAAAGCCUUAAUAAGUAAAUAAAAUAUAAGUAUAUUUUUAAUUUUGUAUUUUUUUUACUCUACUACUAACAAGUAUAUAAUAACUUAGGUACUAAAAAUGGUGUACAGUUUUCACUUUUUUAAAUGCUGACAUAGAUUUUAGAGAACACUUUUUAAUAUAUUGUGAAAAUUUUUGUGUAUUUAACAUUUUUAUAAGUAUUAUCAUUCUGGUUUAAAUUAUAAAAUACAACCAUAUGGCCUCCUUUCAGAAAUUUUACACCUGACUCAAUUUGAAUGGUUGUUGCUCUUUUGUUGUGUUUGCAUGCAGCCAGUGUAGAAGCCUUUCUUCAAUCUUCUCGGCAGCUGAUAAUGUCAGUACCAGAGUAUCAUGUUUUAACAUGGAGUAUACAUUUAGGCCAUAAACUGGCAUAAUGUUUAUAUGACCCAGUGUGUCUGUUGCUGCCGUUAUAUUCCUAGGUGCUAUAUCUGUG